UUCCAGCAGUUGCCUUGCGCACGUCGAUCGUAACAGUUGUGUGCCCGUUGCCUGUGCCGUUAGCCGUGUUAAUAUCCGGUAUUAAUUGAGUGGAAUACAUUAGUAAAUAAACAAAAAGUCAUGUUGAAGUCAAUUGUUUUCUCCUGCCUUCUGGUGGCCUUCAGCGGCGUUCGCUGCAGUGAGCUGAAAGUGGAUGUGAUCAGUGUGCCCGAGAUUUGUGAUCAGAAAACGAAGAGCGGCGACUCACUGACCAUGCACUACACUGGCACACUCCUGGCCGAUGGCAAGAAGUUCGAUUCGAGCUUUGACCGCGACCAGCCCUUCACAUUUCAAUUGGGCGCCGGACAGGUGAUUAAGGGCUGGGACCAGGGUCUGCUCGAUAUGUGUGUCGGCGAGAAACGUAAGCUGACAAUUCCCCCAGAGCUGGGCUAUGGCGAUGCGGGUGCCGGCAAUGUGAUCCCACCGAAGGCUACACUGGUCUUUGACGUGGAGCUGAUCAACAUUGGCAAUGCCCCGCCCACAACGAAUGUGUUCAAGGAGAUCGAUGAGAACGCCGACAAGCAGCUGAGCCGCGAAGAGGUAAUCGUCUAUGUCAGCGAAUAUCUGAAGAAACAGAUGACCGCUGUGGAGGGUCAGGACUCUGAUGAGCUGAAGAAUAUGCUGCAGGAGAACGAUAAACUGGUCGAGGAGAUCUUCCAGCAUGAGGAUAAGGACAAGAAUGGUUUCAUCUCGCACGACGAGUUCUCGGGUCCCAAGCAUGAUGAGCUGUAAGUCUGCGGCUAGGACAAGUGCUUAAGUUAUAAUCUAUCUAUAACUAUCUAUGUAUAAAUACCAAUACCAAUACAACAACAACAACAACAGCGACACCAACAACACCAACAGCAAUAUCAACUAAAGCAACACGCGACACAUGAACAUGAGACAACAUCAACCACAACAACAUAUUCCAAAAAAACAUAAACAAAAACAAUGAAAGAACGAGUGGACUGACGCCCCUUCAAUUACCCCCUCAAAUGCUGGGGCGCUUUUAGUGUUUUUUGCCCGCCCUUCAAGA